AUGUUCAAUCUACACUGCCUGAUUUCGACGACAACAAGUAUCUAUCGAGCUGGCUGAACGAGCCAUUGCUACCCGCCCCCGAAUCUUCUUCUUCACCUAUACCUAUUCGAGGUGCCAUUUCCGAUCAGCACUCUCCCCCUGCUUUCCUUCCCUACGUCGACCUCCAUCCUUUCCCACAGAAUGCCUCUUUUUCGCCGUCGGACUUUGCGGCGCUGCAUCCGCUUCCACGUUCUUUAUCUCCUACAGAUGCGUCCGAUGAUUAUCUGAGCUCACCAGGGCAGCCACUCAUGUCGAUAUCGCCGGGUGAUACAUCGCUUCAGCCUCCUGCGUGGGCUUCACAGCUAUGGAACGAGUCCAAUUAUCCUCGCACCACGUCGUCUUCACGGCCUCCGGCGCUCCAUCAGCCCCUAUCAGAGAACCCUUACCCUACGAAACGGCAGCGCUUCCCGAUGAGAAGGGACGCCAGCUCUCUGGGACAAUUGUUCCAAUCCUCGAGUGCUCCGUCGCCAAUGCAAAUGAAUAGCCCGACGCUGAGCAGGAACUAUAGUCGCCGAGCCGACUCUGUCAGCGUCAGCGAUGAUCGUGAUGCCACUGUCCGGCGCAGGAAGAGGUUGCCCACCGAGGAGCCUCAGCUUGUUGAGAAAGCCAGCGACACUCCUCCACUGAAGUCUACCCUAAAGCCGCCCAAGCUUGCGCCCUCUGCUUGGCAACUGUACUUUACGGAUUGGAUUCAAAGGCACCAAGCCACCAACACAAGAAAGUUGAAUGUGGCGCAGGCUGCCAAGGAAGCGGGCCAGGAAUACGCGAGCCUUAGUACGGAGGAGAAGGAGCCAUACAAGAGACGUUCUCUGGCGCUGAAGGAAGCGCGGGAACGAGAACAUGCGGCCUACAUGAGGACCCUGACACCGGAAGACAUCAAACGCGAGAACGCGUUCCGGACUGCGCAGCGCAAGGCUGGGAAGUCACGCAAAAGCAAUAUCAAGGAUCCUAAUGCUCCGAAGAAGCCGCUGAGCGCGUACUUCAUGUUUCUGCAGCGCAUUCGUUCGGAACCUGCCCUAGUAAGGGAGGUAUUCGGGGAAGAACAGGAAACUACGAAGCAAAGUGUAUUAGCGGCUGCUAAAUGGCGCUCUAUGACAGAUGAUGAGCGGAAACCUUUCCUUGCACAAGCGGAACAAGAGAAGCUUGAUUACGAAGCUGCUAGGAGGAUGUACGAGGAAGGCACCACAGGUUUUGGGACGAGCAUCAAUUUCAGUAUAUUGCCUGGAAGUCCAGGAGAAAGCCCAUUCCGAGCCUUGCGUCCUAUCAAGACGGAAUCCUUCAGUUCGGAGAGUGAGAGUGAAGGCGUCGCCACAGACGAUGGAGUCGAUCGUUAUACCCGGUACUAAACCCCGUAUAUACCAUUUCUUGUUUCAUAUAUCAUACAUUGGAGUUGAUCAUUCUCGAUUUACUUUUUUUUCGAGGAGUUGCAGACGUUUAGUUUACCCGUCCAGUUUAGGUUUCUUAGGUUUAUUACGACACUAUCACGACACCGGACUUGUAUAUGAUGAUCUUGUUAUAUGUUUGCUGUAUUGCUAGAGUGUUCUCUACUAGUCUACUAUACAUUCACACUGAAUCCCGCUUGAGGGAUAAAAUACACGCGAAUCCCUAUUCUUGUAGAGAUAAUCGAGCGACCAUCUUCUGAUGAGGAGCACCAUCUUCAUCGAAUUCUUCGCCCU